AUGAGUAUCUCUAAACUACUUGCAUGUGUCAUUCCUAUCGCUCAGAUCACCAUAGGUGCAGUGUACCUGUAUGACUGCCCCCGGCAGCACUACAUCCCCAUUUACCUGAUGGUAAUGGGGUCCUCCGGCCUGGCCCUAGCCCUGCUCUCCUGCCUGCCAUGUGCCCAGGACUCAGAUGACAUGGCCCCCAACCUCCUGAACCCCCUCUGCACCACCUGGAGGACCCUGGCCUCCCUCUUCCUCUUCUGCUGGUUCAUCAGCGGUAACGUGUGGAUCUACUCCAUCUAUCAGCCCAAUUUCAACCAGACACUGACUGAGGACCCCUACUGCAACAAAACCCUGUACCUGUUUGCCUUCUGGACCACCACGCUAGCCUACGUUGUGCUGGGCCUUCUGCUGCUGGGGGGAUGCUGUAUGCUUGUCUGUGCCUUUAUACUGGGCAAGCGGGACCCUGAUGACAACAGAGCAUGAGGGAGAGGAUGAGAGGAGGGGAGGAGAUGAGACAACAGUACAAGACAGGAGGAGGAGGGGAGAGUAGAGGGCAGUAGAGGAGAGGGGAGAAGAGAGGAGCGGAGGAAGAUAGUAUUGGAGAGGAGAAGAGGGGAGAAGAGUGUAUAAUGUUUACUUAACAAACUAGAGAAAACCAAUGGAAUCCAGUUAUCGAUUGAAUAACGAAUUGUGUUUUAACUGUUAUUAUAUAUUACUGUGUUUCUG